AUGGCUGACCAGCGACUGACGCACGGCGUGUCCGUGGCAGCUGUGCGGCGGUUCCUGGAUGACCUGAAGCGCGAGUUCCCCGACACGUGGAGCACGACGUUCAAGCAGUCGAUUGCCAACAUUGGCCAUGUGCUGCUGGUGCUCAUGCCGUGGCGAGACCCUGUUCCCUUGACACGCGCGUGGUGUUUGUGGGAGAUCUUCUGUGGCAUCAGUAACGAGGGCACAGAGGUCACCAUCCAACUACCCAACAGCGAGGAGAAGGCGCUGGAAGAGGCAAUCCGAGAACGCUCGAAGGUGGUGACUGAUAUGCUGGUGCGCGUGCAGGCUGAGCGGGCCGACGCCUUCAAUCCACACGACAAACACAUGAUCUUCACGGCGAUCGAGUCGUGGGCUGGCGGUUUUGGUGCCGUCAACCAGGCCGUGAAGGACCAGCUGCGCGCGUGGUGCCUGCAAAAGGCGGUGGGUGCCGUCGAAGCAAUGCGAGCACGAGGCGAGGACAGCACUGACGCCUUCGCGGGGCUGUGCAACCAGGUUGGGCUGGUGCUGAACGACUUUGGCGAGCACGACAAGGCCAUUACAUUCUACAAAGCAGCACUGCCAAUUCGCCUGCGCACCGAGGGGGAGAAAGGGGGGAACGUGGCGGCGUUGUACAACAACCUCGGCAUCGCCAACUACAGCAAGGGCAAGUACGAGAAGGCGAUUGCGUUCUAUGAGAAGGCGCUCGCCAUCACGGUGGAGGUGCUGGGCGAGAAGCACCCGAGCACAGCCGACACGUACAACAGCCUCGGUGCCGCAUACCACAGCAAAGGCGAGUACGCCAAGGCCAUCCAACAGUACGAGAAUGCGCUCGCCAUCAGGUUGGAGACGCUGGGGAAGAAGCACCCGAAGACGGCCGACAUCUACAACAAUCUCAGCGCCGCAUACCACAGCAAGGGGGAGUACGCCACGGCCAUCCAACAGUACGAAAAUGCGCUCGCCAUCAGGUUGGAGACGCUGGGGGAGAAGCACCCGAACACGGCCGACACCUACAAUAACCUCGGCAGCGUCUAUUCUAGCGAGGGCCAAUACGACAAGGCCAUCCACUUUCAUGAGAAGGCGCUCGCCAUCAGGGUGGAGACGUUGGGCGAGAAGCAUUCGAGAACAGCAAGCGCAUAUCUGGGCCUCGGCCUUGCCUACCAACGCAAGGGCGACUACGACAAGGCCAUCCACUUUCAUGAGAAGGACCUCGCCAUCACGGCAGAGGUGCUGGGCGAGAAGCACCCGAGCACAGCCGACACGUACAACAACCUCGGCAUCGCCUACCGCAGCAAGGGCGAGUAUGGCAAAGCGAUUGAUUAUUACGAGAAGGCCCUCGCCAUCCGGGUGAAAGCGCUGGGCGAGAAGCACCCGAGCACAGCCGACACGUACAACAACCUCGGCAGUGCCUACGACGACAAAGGCGACUACGACAAGGCGAUUGCGUUUUACGAGAAGGCGCUCGCCAUCACGGUGGUGGUGUUGGGCGAGAAGCACCCGAGCACAGCCACGACGUACAACAACCUCGGCGAGGCAUACCACAGCAAGGGCGAGUACGAGAAGGCUAUUGAGCUGUACGAGAAGGCCCUCGCCAUCACGGUGGAGACGCUGGGAGUGAAGCACCCGGACACGGCCGAUACGUGCAAUAACAUCGGCCUCCUGCACAACGACCGCGGCGACAAGGAGCAGGCCUGCUCAUACAUGCAGCAGGCACUCGACGUUUUUGCGACCUCGCUCGGGCCAGACCACCCAAACACCCGCAAGGCGGAGCGCAAUCUGCGGCGCAUUCGCGGUGACGACGAGCCCGAUGACGGCGGUGCACGCACAGCCGCCUCCCUGGGCGAGGACGACGACGACGAGCAACAGGAAGGGGACGGCGAUGACCAAGUGCAAGAUGAGGCUGGCCAACAAGACGCAGCAGAUGAGUCUGAGCCGCAGGAGCGUUCUCCACAACAGCCCCUGGCCGGCUGGUUGCGGAAGCGUGUGCGACGGAGGGCCGCCUUUCGCCCGUGCUGGUGCAAGCUUGACGACGACGGCCACUUCGCGUACGGCACGUCCGCUUCAAGCACGGCCAAGCGACGCAUCUCCCUUUCCAACGUGCUAUCAGCUGAGCUCGCCCAUGGUGACGAAGAGCUGCACGUUGCUGUUCCUGGCCGCACAUUCGUCUUCCGCAUGGACGCGCGCUCUGACACCUCGCUCGCAGACUGGUGCACCGCCAUCAACAGCUGCAUCAACGCCACCACUUGACUGUGUGCUCUGUGUGUGUGUGUGUGUGUGUG